AUGAAAUCGGUGUUAAGGUCUAUUAAGAGCUUGUUCCGCAGGGCGCCAUGGCCUAGGCUCACAUUUCCCACCACCGGCUUCGAAACAAUCAGUGAUGAUUACAUUGUGGAGGAAGAGAAGUUCGAGCGCUUCAGUGAAGAAGCCUUCUACCCUGUCCACAUAGGCGAGGUCUUUGCCGCUCGCUAUCAAGUAGUGGGCAAGCUUGGUUUUGGUGUUACCUCCACAGUGUGGUUAACCCGCGAUCUUCCGAAACGAGCAUACACUACGCUGAAAAUCUACACUCGGGAUCGACAAAACUACAAGGAGUUCGAGAUGUACAAGGUCCUAAGCGAAACAAAUCCAAAGCACCCAGGGUAUCGCCACAUCAGAACUGCUCAGAACAAGUUCACAAUUCCAAGAGCAGGAGGCGAUCAUUUAUGCCUUGUCCAGAAGCCCAUGGGUGACAGUUUGAAGGAUAUGCUUAGGCGCAAUCCAAGCCGUCGGUUCACAACAGAUCUGCUCAGAAUGUCACUAAUCCAGCUCUUUCUUGCGCUGGACUACGUUCAUUCCGAGUGCAAAUUAGUACACACGGAUAUCAAACUCGACAACAUUUUCUUUGAAACAGAUGACGAAAGUAUAUUCGAAGAUUUUGUCAGGUGGGAAAUGCUUAACCCUAUUGUCCGCAAGACUGGUGAGCAUCCGGUGUAUGGUUCCCGAGGCUUCAGGUGCUCAAAGGCCAUUGGAGGACUUGUACUCGGAGACUUCGGCGCCGCCACACGAGGUGACGAGAUACAGUCGCACACGAUCCAGCCAUCCCAACUACGUUGUCCAGAGGUGCUGUUUGGUAUGAACUGGAGCUACCCGGCAGAUAUAUGGAAUGUUGGUGUCAUGAUAUGGAUGUGUUACGAAGACAGUCUCUUGUUCCGUGGAAAGCAUCCCGACGGAAGUGGUUACAAGACAGCAGCUCAUAUAGCGGAGGUGAUCGCGGUGCUUGGUCCACCUCCUCUGGAAAUGCUGGCACAAUUCCCAGAUAGCAAAAGUUUCUUCGAUGACAAAGGCCACUGGAUCGCCGACGUACCUAUCCCAGAGGAUCGGAGCCUGGAGAGCAGUGAGGAGAACUUGACAGGAAAGGAGCAAGAGGAUUUCUUGGAAUUUGUGCGGUGCAUGCUGCGUUGGAGGCCCGAAGACCGCUUGACUGCAAGACAGUUGCUUGAUCACCCGUGGCUCAAAGCUCAAGAUUGGCGCGCAAAAUGCUGA